AUGGAUUACAAUCGUGCUCCCCCAACGUCCGAAGGGCAUGUGCCCCCCUGCCACCAGAGCUCUCUGCAAAACGUCAACUUACUCACCGAGGCCGUCGCCAUCAUCUAUAACUACAUCAACUUUGGCAACUCAACCGACGAACUGGCAUUCGUCCUCAACCACGCACAGUCCUGGUGCGAGAGAUUCUACGAGACGCCCUCGUUCCCACGCGACCAACUCACCGAAAUCCGCAGAGAACACCCCAACAUCUUCAACCUCCGCGUCUUCUGCCGCAACCGUCUCGACUACUCGCCAAACCGCGGAGGACCAUUAUACCCGGCCCGUCCCAUCCUGCCGCACAAGUCGGCAUAUCCUGUGGACGAGUUCACGCUCUACCGGGCAGCCACCACCGUGGCAAGACAGCAAGACGCCCGGAGACAGCGCCAGCCACACUACGCGGACGGGUAUGCGCGUGUUCGCCCAGAACUGGAAGCCAAGUGGUUCAGGGAUACGGCUCUCCACGAGGACAUCCCCGGCGUGCUGGCAAGCAUCGCAAGACUUAAUCUCGAUGUCGUGGGGAACAGCGACACCAAACCCCUGACGUUUGUGGACGAGGACCCGGAAGACAUGGGCGGUUCCAUCUUUGAGCUGCUAAAAGGGGAGAGAAACGCCAAUGGCGCGACGAUUGUUUAUGAGAUGCCCCCGGGGAUCGACACGUCUGUUAGUUCCGGAUCGGCAAUGGUUCUCGACUAUCAUAUCAGUGAGUCUUGGGGGGACGCGGAUGCGAGUCCGUGGAUAUCUGUUCACCAUGGUUCAGACGUCGACCUACCGGUUCGUGCUCGUUUCGUGGAUGGGGAGCGGGCAGGCUGGUCGCAUGAGCAUUUGCAGUUUGACGGGCUGAACAUCUUGGAUGAUAUGGAGGCGGAUAGUGAGGGUGGAACGGUGGAUGCGGGCUGGGAUGAGACGCAGACGGAUACGGAGGAUGGUGAUGAUGUUGCCUUGGAGAAGGGGAAGGCGAAGGCGAAGGAUGAGAGGCCGACUGGGUUGAUGGGGUGGUGCAGGUGGAUUCUGUGUGGGAAGAAGAAGGAUGGUGCUUGA